AUGACUGCUGUGGCUCCUUUGGAGAUUCAGAUCUUCUCCGAACUUGUGAACAAGGCAAGGGUUAUUGAGGAAUGUACAAAGACGGUGGCCUCAUCAAGGGACACUCGUGGGGGAAACACUAACCGCGGACGUGGCAAGUACUUUCAGCCGAGGGGUCAGAAUUUUAAGAGAGGAGGAUAUGCGCCUCAAGGUCAAGGAGGCUUCAAGAGGAACACUUAUGAUCAGUACCGGCAUGCCAAAGGGAGAGGGAAUCAGAGUAAGGCUUUCCCGGAUUUAACAUGUGUGCGUUGUGGGUGUUUUCAUCCGAAUGACUCUUGCAAGAUUGGUAUAGGUGGUUGCUUCCACUGCGGCUUUCCUGGGCACAUUGCGAGAGAUUGCACUCGUGGGAAGAGGACUCAGAAUGUGGGCCAAAACCAACAAGGUCGGGUGUUUACUGUGAACGCCUAG